AUGGUCAAAGUCCGGCUAGUCGUGCCGGCCGAGAUGAUGGGCCAGAUCAACGGGCUGUGCUCUGAAGCUCGCGGGGAGCGCGGCGAAAUCUCAAGCAUCGAUGAGGAGCGCCUUUUGAUCACCUGGCGACUACCAAUGGCCGGGGUGGUCAUCGACUUCUUUGACAACCUGAAGCGCAUCACGUCUGGCUACGUGUCGUUCGACUACGAUUUCGACGGGAUGGUCGAAUCCACGGGCCCCGUCGCCGUCCCAGUCGUCGACGAGAAGGAGCGCGCGCUCAACCAGUACCGCAAGAAGUUGACCGACUACAAGGAAAUCGAGCAGCGCCUCAAGGAGCUAAGAAAGAAGGAGCAAGAGCUCCAGAAGCUGCACGACAAAUCCGAAAACGACAUCAAGUCGCUGCAGUCGGUCGGUCAAAUUGUUGGCGAAGUACUGAAGCAGCUGAGCGAGGAGAAGUUCAUCGUCAAGGCAACAAAUGGGCCCCGCUAUGUCGUCGGAUGCCGUCGCUCCAUCAACAAAGUAGCGCUAAAACAAGGUACGCGAGUCGCCCUCGACAUGACCACGUUGACGAUCAUGCGACAACUUCCACGUGAGGUUGACCCGUUGGUAUACAAGAUGUCACACGAGGACCCCGGCAACAUCACGUAUGGCGACGUGGGCGGACUGGCCGAGCAGAUCCGCGAGCUGCGCGAGGUCGUCGAGUUGCCGUUGCUGAACCCCGAGCUCUUCCGCCGUGUCGGCAUCACGCCCCCGAAGGGAUGCCUCCUCUACGGGCCGCCUGGUACCGGAAAAACGCUGUUGGCCAGGGCAGUCGCCUCCCAACUCGAUUGCAACUUCCUGAAGGUCGUCUCCUCGGCGAUCGUCGACAAGUACAUUGGAGAGUCGGCGCGCAUGAUCCGUGAAAUGUUCAACUACGCCCGCGACCAUCAGCCCUGCAUCGUGUUCAUGGACGAAAUUGACGCGAUUGGCGGUCGCCGUUUCUCCGAGGGCACAUCGGCCGAUCGUGAAAUUCAGCGAACGUUGAUGGAGCUGCUCAACCAGUUGGACGGUUUCGACUCCCUCGGCCAGGUCAAGGUGAUCAUGGCGACAAACCGCCCCGACACGCUCGACCCCGCCCUUCUGCGCCCUGGCCGUCUGGACAGGAAGAUCGAGAUCGCCCUCCCCAAUGAGCAGGCCCGAUUAGAGGUUAUUAAAAUCCACGCAAACCCCAUCACCAAGCACGGCGACAUCGACUUCGAGGCCGUCGUCAAGCUCUCCGACGGGUUCAGCUGCGCCGAUUUGAGAAACGUCUGCACUGAAGCCGGUCUGUUCGCCAUCCGCGCCGAGCGUGAAUACGUCGUCGAGGAGGACUUUAUGAAGGCCGUCCGCAAGUCGGAGAAAUGGAUCGGCUGCUACCUGUUCCCGGCUUCACAGUGCUUCUGCCUAUUCUACGUGCUCGCUGCGGCGGUUUUUAAGCUGCACGGCUUCUUUGCGGCUCUGAUCAUAGGAUUGGUAUCUGUAGACCUAAUAUUCUGGUUUGUGAACACGCUGUCGAUCUUCCAGUGCGCCGUGUCGUUCGGCGACACCCUCCCCCAAUGGGGAAGCCCGCUGAAUUUGCUGGCCAAGAUUCUGCUGUGGAGGGGCUUCAGCAUCAUCGUCGAGCUCGGAAUCCUUGGCGCGCUGGUGAUCGUGCAGACCACCAAAGACAUUACCGUCACCUUCUCGAUGAUCGCAAUCGGGCUGUCGAUAGUGCUUUUUGGCGGCCUGGGGACGUGGUUGUUGUAUUCGUUCAGAAAUCGACUUCUUGAAGAGCCUGUGGCCCAGGACACGCCCCGAAUUCGAGACCAAACCCCAAUAUCCCAGGAUACGCCCAUACAAUCCGCCGGCCCGACCAUUGCCUACCCGCCCACGGAGCGCAGCGCGGGCAGUCAGAGUUCGCGGAUUUCAAGCCAAACGCCGAAGCACAAAAUUGCCGCCCCGCCCAACUGGCGGCAAAUGCAGAAAAUUGUGGAGGGCGAUGGACCGUUGGAGCCUCGCGAAGUGGUGGCUGGCAUCUCGUGGCUGACUCCGGCGCGGCUUCUGCCGGACGACAAGCCGAGCUGCGCUCCUGUUGACCCGGUGCCCGUGCCCGAGGACCAGCCGGACUAUCGAUAUCGAGCGGAGCAGGGGGUGCCUACGACUUCGGAGCAGCCCGUUCAACCCGAGAAUCUUGAAUAUGCUAAUAAUAGAUUC